AGGCACCGGUGGUGAGAAGGACCGGCCGCCCGAGGGGUGUGAGGCACCGGCGGUCCGGCGCUUCACGCUCCGCCGGCGGCUCCAGGCUCUUGCCCCCGCUGCCAUCCGAGCUCUAAAACAAGAGAGGCGCCGGGAGGGCCGUGAGUCGGUGACACGGCUCCUCCCUGGUGUGUCUGGACGGGAGAGCGCGCUUCAUCUCCCCCCAGCGAGGUCCUCGCGUGUAAGUGCAGGCAGGGACAUCAGAAUCAUGGAGGGGCUCUUGCAUUACAUAAAUCCAGCACAUGCCAUUUCCCUCCUGAGCACCCUGAACGAGGAGCGUCUCAAGGGACAGCUGUGUGACGUUGUGCUGAUCGUAGGAGACCAGAAAUUCCGAGCUCAUAAGAAUGUUCUGGCUGCCAGCAGUGAAUAUUUCCAGACUCUGUUCACAAAUAAGGAGAAUGAAUCUCAGUCAGUGUUUCAGCUCGACUUUUGUGAGCCAGAUGCUUUUGAUAAUGUGUUGAACUACAUUUAUUCUUCAUCCUUGUUCAUUGAGAAAGGCAGCCUUGCAGCUGUGCAAGAGCUGGGCUACAGUCUUGGAAUAUCUUUUCUUACAAACAUUGUUUCCAAGAGUCCUCAAGCUCCUUUUCCUUCUUGUCCUAUGAAAAAAAUACUCUACCAAGAUGAAGAUGAAAGUAGUUCUCAGAAAAGAAGUGUCAUUGUCUGUCAGAACAGAAUUGAAGCACAAGCAAAAAGCAUAAAUCAAACACAACACGACUUAAGCCAUACUCCUAAACCUUCACCCUCUGUGGCUGUCAAAGCUAGCAGCAGACCACAGGUAACAAAACCAACUGAAACCCUUCACAACUUAUCACUGACUGAAAGGAGGUGGCUGAAAGAAGGCCCUGUGAGCUAUACAAAGGUUCAUGAAACUUCUGGAACUGUGGAGGAUCAGAGCAGAGGUGCUUUAGUGAAAAGGAACAUGGUGCUGCCUCAGAUGUCUUUAGCGGAGAAAGAAAUGGCAGGUGGCGAGCCAGGAAGCAGUGCUCAGCUUCUGAGAGGAAAAGUUGCAGAGAUGUCAUUGAAAAGACCACGUCCGCCAGUCUUGUCUCUGCGUGGGGCAGCGGAAUCAACAUUUUCAUUGCGAGAGGCAGGAAAAGGAAAUGGUCAGGGGGAAGACAGGAAUUUGCUCUAUUACUCCAAGUUAGGGCUAGUAAUCCCAUCUAGUGGGUCUGGCCCAGAAAACCGAAGUAUUGACAGAAGUGGGCCCCUUGUAAAAAGUAUCCUUCGAAGGUCACUGUCCAUGGACAGCCAGGUUCCUAUUUACUCCCCUUCUGUUGACCUAAAACCUGCACAGGUAUCCUCAUGCUCCUCACCGGGAACUAAGGAUUCCCAGAAGACAUUUAAUGUUGCAUCCCAAAAGUCAUCCUUGAAAGAGUCAUCGGAGAAGUCGGCCUUGGAUGAGAAGCCACAGGUAAUACACCCACAUCGCCUUAGGUCUUUCAGUGCCUCUCAGUCAACGGAUCGGGAGGUCGCUUCCCCUCUCUCGGAGGUGCGGAUCAAAACUGAGCCCAGCAGUCCCCUCUCAGAUCCUGCUGAAAUCAUACGAGUCACAGUGGGUGAUGCUUCAGCAUCGGCAAACAAAGACUUUGCUUUUAAAACUGAGGAUGACCGUAAGGAGCCAAGCAGACUUCCAGCCAAAAGGAGGUUCCAGGAUGAUAGGAGGCUACCAUUCAAGAAGCUGAAGGCAGAUGAGCAGGGUUCUCCUGAAUCAGAAGAAAACUUUGAGGAAGGCUCAAGCCCCAUGCACCUUGAUGCUGAUUUCCCUGACUCUGAUGUCAGUAAAGAUGAAUACAGCGAGAUGGAAGAAGCAAGACCAAAUAAAAAAUUUAAAUGUAAACACUGCCUUAAAAUUUUCAGAUCUACAGCAGGUCUUCACCGCCAUGUUAACAUGUAUCACAAUCCAGAGAAGCCCUAUGCUUGUGACAUAUGCCACAAGAGAUUCCACACCAAUUUCAAAGUGUGGACGCACUGCCAGACACAACAUGGAAUCGUGAAGAAUCCCUCACCAGCUUCCAGUUCACACGCCCUUUUGGAUGAAAAAUUCCAAAGAAAACUGAUCGAUAUAGUGAGGGAGAGAGAAAUCAAAAAAGCUCUGAUCGUGAAACUAAGACGUGGCAAGCAGAGCUUUCAGGGCCAGUCGGCUUCCCAAGCACAACAAGUCAUUAAAAGGAAUUUAAGGUCAAGAACCAAAGGAGCCUAUAUUUGUACCUACUGUGGGAAAGCUUAUCGUUUCCUCUCCCAGUUCAAACAGCACAUAAAAAUGCACCCUGGGGAGAAACCCAUUGGAGGGAAUAAGGCUCCUAAGCAGAAAGAUCACAUUCAUAUUGAAAACCCAGUGGAAAACAAGGAGGUUUAUCAGUGCCGUCUCUGCAAUGCCAAGCUCUCCUCACUUAUUGAACAGGGAAACCAUGAGCGACUCUGUAGAAACGCCACUGUCUGUCCUUACUGCAGCCUUAGGUUUUCUUCCCCAGAGCUGAAGCACGAGCAUGAAAGCAAGUGUGAGUACAAGAAGCUGACUUGCCUUGAGUGUAUGCGCACCUUCAAAUCAUCCUUCAGUAUCUGGCGUCAUCAGGUUGAGGUUCACAAUCAGAACACAAUGGCUCCAUCAGAGAACUUUUCUUUGCCUCUCAUGGAUCACAAUGGAGAAGUCACCAGUUCGUCACGGCUGCCUCCGCAGUCGGAAUCCAAUAAAAUGAACAAUUUUCUUGCUGCAAAGGAGGACAGUGUGUUCAGUGAUUCGUCAGAACAAAUCAAUUUUGAUUCUGAAGACUCUUCAUGCCUGCCUGAAGACUUAAGUGUUUCCAAGCAGUUUAAAAUCCAGAUCAAAGAGGAGCCUGCAGAUGAUAUAGAGGACGACAUCACCGAAAUGAGCAGGGAACCUAAGGACGUAGUCUCCAAGAAAGAUCCCAGUUUGUGGCCCUGUGAAAAGUGUGGGAAGAUUUUCACCUUGCGCAAGCAGCUGGAGCGUCACCAGGAGCUCCUGUGCUCUGUGAAGCCCUUUAUUUGCCACGUGUGCAACAAGGCCUUCCGAACGAAUUUCCGGCUCUGGAGCCACUUCCAGUCUCACAUGUCCCAGGCUGCAGAGGAAUCCACAAAUAAGGAGCCUGAGAUAUGUCCACCAGCUAAUUCCCCAUCACCCCCACCCUUACCCCCACCACCUCCACUCCCCAAAAUCCAACCUUUGGAGCCCGACAGCCCCACGGGCUUGCCGGAAAGCUCCAGUACUACUGAGAAGCUGUUCGUGCCGCAGGAGUCGGACACGCUCUUCUACCACGCCCCGCCGCUCUCGGCAAUCACCUUCAAGAGACAAUACAUGUGCAAACUCUGCCACAGGACUUUCAAGACGGCUUUCAGUCUCUGGAGCCACGAACAGACACACAAUUAGCUUUAACAGAACCCUUGCAGAGCUGGUUUGGGGGGGCUGUGUUCAGGAUCUCAGAGGCCUGCCACAUAGACUACAUUUUGAGGAUCAAAACGAUGAUGAUGAUGGAAAACCUGGAAUUUGUGAUGCUGCUUGGAUUUGAAGAUUAGGGAAAACUAUAACGUGGUUAGUAGGUAGAAAGCAGAGUAAUUUAAAAUAAAUACUGUGGUCUGGGAUCUAAUAGUAACAGAAUAAAUUUUAUUUCAUUUGACACUGAAAUACAAUUGCAUCUGGAUUGUAUGCAUGGAUCUUCAUCCCGUGAUGUUGGUGUGUGCGUGUGUAUUAUAUAUAAAGUUACAUAUUAAAUGAAAGAGAAACAACAAUUUGGAUUCUAACUGUGAGCUUAUAGUAGUGAAAUACUGUAACCAAUGUCAUAAUUUGUUUUUCAAAACGAAACCAACACACACAAGCUCCAUGUAAGUGGUUGCCAUGCACUGGCAGUUUGGGAGGAAGUGGAUGGAGUGUCUUGCUGUAUUGACUUAGGUCUUAGAAACCUUUAGCAAUAACAAAUAAACCUCAAGUUUGAGUAAUCUUGAUGUUAUUGGAUACGAAUGUUUGCUAUUUUAAGGGAACAUAGAAUUGUUUUGUUGUUGUAUGGAACUUGUGCAAAUUAAAAUAGAAUCUAAAGUCAGCAAUAUUAUUACUAAGAUUUUAUAUAAGAAGUAGCAGCAAGCCUGCUUUCAGCCAUUAAAUUAUAACUUUGUAAGGAAAAUUGAGAGAGGGGGUACUUUGCUUUAUAUAAUGUCCCAAAGACUAAUUUCCUAUGGAUACCUGGGUAGCUGAAGUCAUUGUGUAACAGCCAUCGUAAUGCAAAUGGUACUGUUUAUAAUAUGAACUGAGGUUGAGUGGAUGUCAGACAAGUUUCAUAGUUUUGUUUCCACUAUUUGUACAACUGUUUGUAAUUUUAACUACAAAGGAAUGUAUAACUAUUAAAUCAACAAGAGAGAGCUCGUUAAGGGACAGAAGACGAGUUGUGUUUCUAAACACAAGUAAUAAGCUCAGCCAUGAAGUACAAAGAUAUGUUUUAACAAAACCUAAAAAUGUAAAUAUUUAUAUAGACACCUGUAUAAAUGAAGAAAUAUGUAUUUGAAAUUUGUAUUAAGCAUACAUAUCCAGCUCAAAGCAGAGGAGAAAAUCACACUACAAUCACUGCAUUUUAUGGAUACAAUGCAUAUAGAGUAGUUCUUUCUGCUGCUUUAGUCAUAUGUGACUGUGUUGCAAUUUUCCAAUUUGUUGAAAAUUGUGGUAAUAAUGGGCUGCAGAUAUUCUGUGUGCUUCCAUUAUUUUACCUCAAAUGGCAACUGGAGCAUUUAGUGUAAGUAGGAUCACACAUAUUUACCAGGAGCUAUAGUAAGGGUCCAAUUUUUUCUGUAAGUCAAGGAAAUAUUUACCCAGAAGGAGGAGGUGAACCAGCAGUGAGAAAUUAUUUUGCUAGAAUUUAAACUUAGUGGAGGGGUGGUGGGUUAGAGUGAAUAUAAAUGAUGCAAACUGUGUUUAUGAUCCUGACCAGCUUUCCCCCUGCAGGGCUGGGAGAAGGGGGAUGUAAUUCCACACUGCUGAGUCAGAGCCCAGUCUGUGUCCACUGAAACCAGCAGGACUUUGGUCACCAGUUUCAGGGGGAGCAGGAGUGAGGCUUGAAUCCCCUGUGUAACCAUGUGUGUAACUGGUUUUUCAGUAUCCCAAGUUCAAAAGGUAGAAUUGCAAGCUGAUGCUGAGAUUCAGCAAAAUCAAGCACAAGUGUAACUCCUAAGAAUCUGAGGAUGGGCACCCUUAGGCACACACCAGAUUUUUCUCAGUGAAAGCUAAGUGUGCCACCGUUUGUUUUUUUUUUCCCAACAGAUAUUUAACUAUUUUUCCUGUAAAUGAAGUUCGAAAGAAUCAGCUCAGGAUGGACCCCUGAUUUUUUUCAGCUACCAAAAAAAAUUGCAAUGUUAGUUUCAAGCCUCUUCUGCUUCAUUUUUCUUAUGAUCUAAAAUUGCUACUAGACACCUCUGAAAGUAACAUGUUGUUCUUUUUUGUCCUCUUUCAGGCAAACUGUGGCUGAGUAUGAUUAGGCUAAUUUGCUUGAAUAUCAGUUAAACUCUUUCAGUGGCAUUGCAGUUAAAACAAGGUACUUGCUUAAUAGUGACAUUUCCAGUUACUGACUUUUUUAUUCCAUCUAAUAAAACUAUAAAUUUCUUUCUUACCAGUAUAAAAUGGUUAUUGCACUUAAACCUGGUUUUAAAAAUCAGAAAAACAUAAAGCCUUGCUAAGUACCCUUUAUAUAUGUUAAAAAGAAUCUGUGUGUAUAAAAUAUGAACGUGUUUUUGUAGAAUGGUUCCUGAGUUUUCCUGGUGAUUCCUCUGCACCACAGCCUGAAAGUUGAGUUAUAGCCUUUUAAAAUUCAGUGUGCUUUCUGAAGGAAGGUGGCAACCAGCUCAGCUGGGUCACAGCCAUCUCACUUCCAGCUGGGAUUCUGCUCUGUGCUAUGAUGAUAAAUUCUACACACUUUAAAUCAAAACCUUGUGCAACAUCUUUGAAGAAACCCUAACCUUUUUCCUAGUGUACUAGGUAUUAUAAAGAAUCCAUAAAAUGUCUUUGGUCUAAGUAGCCUCCUAAGAUUUUCUUCAGUUGCUUUGGUUUUGAGGGGGUAUUUAAAGUUUUGUUUUCCACUUUGAGAGUGUUCUGUGUGAUUUUUUUUUUUUUUUUUUUUUUUUUUACAUUUGGUUCCUGUUGUUUAGUAAAGGAAUUCAGGAUCUCUAAAAUUUAAAUACGAGAUGUUUAUAUAGCAGUUCUGGUUUUCUAUUAGCUUUUAUACAGUAUCUUAAAAAGCCCUUGAUAGAAGUGUUUAUUUUGGAGGAUACGGAAUAAAUAUGCUUCCACUUAUAUAACUUUAAUAUAUGUCUUAAAAUUUAAAUUAUGGGAAAAAAUGUUAGUUGCUUGUUUAUAAAUAAAGGUCUUUAGAAGAGUGUCUAGUUUGGCCACAGCCAAAAUAAAAGGCAAAUUUAUUGAUACAAAAGCCUGUUUUCAUCAUAUUUUGUUUAAUUUUAUAGCUGUGUAUUGAAGUGACAAAAAGUUUGAGGUCUUGUUAAAUAUAAAAAAGUGUUUUGCUUUUUUUUCUAAAAUUUGUGACAGGAACGUGCAGAUGUUUUAAUAUAUAGAUUAGAAUCUAUAAUUCUGUCCUUUUUUGCUAUUUUUAUAACCUAUCAGAUAAAUCUCAGAGAACUAUCCUGCUUCAGUGGGAGUGGAAACUAGUGUUGCAUUUCAGGGGAGCAGUGUUGAGCCAUGAAAUGUAUUUUGGUUUGGGACUUUUGUUUCCUUUCAGGCACUGUGUUGGCAAAGCUUCUAAGCCUAUCUUAAGUCCAUUAAGAUCGGUCUUUUUUUUUUUUUUUUUUUUUGUUAAUUGUUCUGUGCAAGUUCUUUGCUAAAUUGGGACCAUGACCAACCUUGAAAGUGAGCAAUGGCAGCAAAGCACAUGAGCCAGUAACAGAACUGUCUCUAGUUGUGGGUUAUUGGUGAGGCAGAGCGAAACACCCCGUGGCAGGUGAUGGAGGAGAUAACCUGGUGAAGAGGGUGAGCCCAGAGUUUCAAAAGUGAGAUGCUGCAUUAUCUGUGACCCCAAACAGCUAUAAGAGGCUUGGCCUGCAUUUCCUGUUCAGACAGGGACAUCCAGGAGGUUUUUUGCCUGAUGUUGUUUGUUUUCCCCCAAGUGGGACACGUGGGUUUGCUCCAAAGCUCUGCAUGGUUCUCUGUUGCUGUUCCAAGCUUCCAGUGUUAAAAAGAGUUCCUCCCAUGGGAUAAGGACAGACUAUGCCUAAUUUCUUGGCUCUAACAGUGAGGGUGCAAAUAUCUGGCAUGAGCCUGUAAUCUGGCAUGUGCCUAUACUGUUCUGUAAAAUUGUUUACAUUUUCCUACCAGAAGAUUUAGAUAAAAAUCAAAACAAGCUUAGGGGGUUGUUUUUUGUUGGAGGUUUUUUUUUUUUGUCUGUUUGUUUUGGUUGGGAGGUUUUUUAGUGUUGCUGUUAUUGAAACAGUGUUAAAAUAUUUUUUUCUGUUGUUGCUGAACACAGCCUGAUAGUAUUUUUAAUGUUAUUGAUUCUUUUUUAUUUAAAAUGACUUGUGAAAAACUGUACUGUAACUGCUCUAUGAAAAGGGACACUGUCAAGAGAAAGGCUGGAUACAGAAAAUGAACAUACCUAUAUUAGAAAUACUUUAUAUUAAUAAAUAAUAUUGAAGAAUUUAAAAACAAGUUGAGUCAUAACACUUGAGCUGCUUGGGCAUGAAAAUCCUAUUAUGGGCAGCCUCAGUUGUUGUGAGGAUGUCUGAAAAAUAUAACUGAAUUCUAUGGGUUGAGCUGAUUUUUCAUGUUGCUUUUUCUCUCACUAUUCCAGAAUAAAGGACUCAACCUGUUUUUUUCCCCUUUUCCAGUCUCUCAGUGGUACACAUUACCUUUUAAAGACACAAGCUUCCCACUAUUGCAGCAGCUUUUAAUUCAAAAAUGUACAGAAAACCAGAACAAACCCUCUUCUGCAGCAUUAAGUGCAAAAUACACAUAAAGUACAUAUUUUAAGGCUUAUUCUUGACAGUGUCCCUUUUAAAAAAGCAGGAAAAUGGGAUCACUUUAAGUGCUUGGGUACAGGGGAAUAGUUUCCUACUAAAAAUUGGAAUGAUCCAAUAUAUUUUCUAGAGAGUUUUCCAGUUAGUUACACAAAAUCACUUGUCAUUUUAAAGGAUUAUAGAAGUAAGACAAGCAACUCUGGGUUUAUAAUCCUGUAUACCUUAUACAUUCUAUAUCUGUUCAAUACACCAGGAUGGGUUUUUACUUUUUUUAGGACUGAGACUUAUAGCUUAAGGCAACUUUUUCUUUAAUGUAAUGUAAAUCCAUUGCUGCUUUGUACAACUUUUUCUACUGUGUGUUUUCUUUACUUAGAUCUUGACUAAGAAAUGUUGACGUCCAAAUAAACUUACACUUUGUUUCUUUUGA